GCCAUUGCGACACCACGACCACAUUUUCGUACAAAGUCCCUACAAGCUAUUAGAAAAAUGGCCUCCAGCACACUGUCGCGUUCUGCUAUGCGCAGCCUCUCCCGUACGACGCCAUCUAUACGAUUAGCAACACCGCGCAUCGCCACAAGAUGUCUACAUCAACAACCAUCCCCCAUUACCGCCUCUCGACUCCAACAUAGACCCUCAGCACGAUCAUGGAGCCAAAACAUAGCAGUACCCUCAGCAUCAGUCACCCGGAGAACAAUGUUCAUCCAAACCGAGCCCACCCCAAACGCCGAUGCCCUGAAAUUCAACCCCAACCAACGCGUCCUCCCCGAAAACAUAUCAUCCCCCUUCCUCGAAUACCUAAACCCACGGUCCACGCUCGCCCCACCGCACCCCUCACCCCUCGCCGCCCAACUCAUGAACAUCGACGGCAUAACCAGCGUCUUCUUCGGCGCAGACUACAUCACAGUAACAAAAGACUCGUCCACACCCUGGGCGCACAUCAAACCCGAAGUCUUCGCCCUCAUCAAUGAAUACAUGACAUCCGGCCAACCUAUUGUCAACACCGUCGCCGCAAAAGCCGGUGAGCAGGGCCAAGGCGGCCAGGAAAACGACAGUCUGGCCUACGACGAAAACGAUGAUGAAGUCGUUGGUAUGAUUAAAGAGUUACUGGAAACACGCGUUCGCCCUGCGAUUCAGGAGGAUGGCGGUGAUAUUGAGUUUCGUGGGUUUAACGAUGGGCAGGUGUGGCUGAAGCUGAGGGGUGCGUGCAGGACUUGCGAUUCUAGUACUGUGACGCUGAAGAAUGGGAUUGAGAGUAUGUUGAUGCAUUAUAUUGAGGAGGUUAAAGGUGUGCAGCAAGUGCUGGAUCAAGAGGAGGAGAUUGCGCUUAAGGAGUUUGCAAAGUUCGAGGAGAAGUUGAGACAGCAGAAGGGGCCGGAUGCUGUUGCGGGGACGGUCGGUAAGGGGAGUUUGGAUUAUGUAGAGUGAGUGUUAGGUGGUGUCUGCAUGGGAGAGAGAUUAUGUGAUACCAAUGCAAUUGUAGUUGUUGCAUAAUAAAAAGCGUCCACAAUUGCACUUCAUUUCUACCAAGUAUUGGACUGUGAACUCGAGGAGGAAAGAUGUGGUAUAGGUAAACAAAGUGAUUAGGUAUCCUUCCACUGUAUAAAUUACAAAACAAGAAGGAGAUGGAGAUGGAGUUAGAAAAGUAUCGAAAAAGGUAGAGAUAAGGGGAAAGAUGUAGGCCCCAAGAAAACGCCACUUAAUGCCCAAAAACCCUGGGUAUUCUUUGGCAAUAACAAAGCUCAAUAAACACCAUUGCAAUUAUGCUCUCGAUCCAACCACGGCCGUCUAUACAUGAUCGUUCAUCUUUCGUUUUUCGUUUCUGUGCAUCUUCGUCGUGAUGCAACCGUUCCCUCGUAAUCUUGUUCGUCGUCUUCGUGCAUUCCCUCGUAUGCAAGCGUAACAGUCAUUCUGAACCAAACAGUGAGAAUAGGGUAAAGGAAACACAGACAGACAGACAGUGAAUCAGGACUAAAGGAGAUAGGGAAAAGGAAGAGAAUAGGUGUGUCGCUCAACAGGCGGGUACAUGAUCCAAACAUUCAUCAUCGUUGCCUCGUCGUCGUCGUCGUCGUCAUCCAAUAUGGUAAUAUC